AUGUUUGGCAGAAGGUUAUAUUCCGCUUUUAGAAAAAACUUAACCAAAACAAAUCCUACCAUCACCCAUUCACAACGCAUUAUUUUAAAAUCUAGUGUAGUUCCAUCUUCAAUUACACUCAUAACUGGAUUAGCAGUAGCUGGAGUUGCUGGUUAUUACUUAUAUGAUGCACGUUCAUCUGUACAUGAAUACCUUAUAUGUCCACUUAUACGAUCAUUGACUACUGCUGAACAAGGUCAUAAAUUAGGAAUAUUUUUAUUGAAACAUGGAAUUGCACCGAAAUUAUUAGACGAAGGAAUCAAUGAUCAAAGUGAUGUUUUGGGAGUUGAAGUAUUUGGACAUAGGUUAAGAAAUCCAAUUGGGUUAGCUGCUGGAUUAGAUAAAGAUGGUGAAGCCAUUGACUCAUUAUUUAAUUGUGGGUUCUCAUAUGUUGAGAUUGGAUCAAUUACUCCUGAACCACAACCAGGCAAUCCUUUACCAAGAUUUUUCAGGUUACCCAGAGAUGACGCUGUUAUAAAUAGAUAUGGUUUCAAUUCUACAGGACAUUUUAAUGUGAUAGCGACCUUGAGAAUUAGAUUCAAUAAAUUACUUGACAUGUUCCAAAAAAGUCAUUCACCUAAUGAGAAACCAUUCUCGAAUGCUUUUAUCCCAGGAAAAUUAUUGGGUAUUAAUUUAGGUAAGAAUAAAACAGGUGAUGAAGUUGAAGACUAUGUUAAAGGUGUAACAAGAUUAGGUCCAUAUGCAGAUGUUUUAGUUAUCAAUGUUUCUUCACCAAACACGCCGGGUUUAAGAGACUUACAAAAUGAAAGUAACCUAAUAAAUUUACUUACCAAAGUUGUUAAAGCAAGAAAUGUAUUGGGUACCAAUUUAUUAGGUGCCAAACCUCCAAUUUUAGUUAAAGUAGCACCUGAUUUGACUGAACCGGAAAUUGAAUCUGUUGCUAACUCUGCAAAAGAAGCUAAAGUUGAUGGUAUAAUCAUUUCUAACACUACUAUUCAAAGACCGACUGAAAAGUUAUUAACAUCAGAUCAAACAUUAAUAAAUCAAACCGGUGGUCUCUCUGGAAAACCUUUGAAACCAUUGUCUUUGAAAGCUUUAACCUUGCUUAACAAAUACACGAAGGGAUCAGGGUUAGUAUUGGUUGGAUGUGGUGGUAUAUCUAAUGGAAAAGACGCAUUAGAGUUUGCAAAAGCUGGAGCUACUUUCGUUGAAAUAUAUACUGCUUUUGCUUACAAAGGUCCUGGGUUGGUAGCUAAAAUACGAGACGAGCUAGCUUCAGAGUUAAGAAAAGAAGGCAAAACUUGGCAACAAAUAGUUAAUGAAAAUAGAUAA